AUGUACAAGCGCAAAUGCAAGUGCAGGGUGCAGGGGGGGAAGGUGCAAGGUGCCGGGGGCAGGAUGCCGGAAGCCAGGUGCCAGGUGCAGCAGGGCAGGUGCCCACCUAUGCAGAUUUUGGGCAAGCGCAACUCCGAAGAGCAUCCAUUCGCUCGCAGCGCCAGUCCAGGACAAGCAACCGGUGAUGGAUGGAAAUGGGUGUUGGAGUACCCCGGUUUCCGCAGGCUAGGUAACUACGACAUCGGUCGUCAAUUGCCCCUCUAUCAGGUCCCAGCACCAGCCAAGCCCAGCUUUUAG